AUGCUGUUUGUGGACCGCGCAUGUAUGUAUAGUAAAUGCCUCAGGUGCCGCCAUCCUAGUGCAGGUAUUUCAGAGGAGAAAGAGGCUCUUUGA